AUGGACCCUAUCUACAAGCGAAUGCUCCUAGCAAUAGCUGAGCGACACCCGACAAAGCAGAAUCAUUCUACGACGGUGUUCUACGAGCGGCUGCCAAACAUGCUUGACCAACAAGACGGCAAUUUGCGGGAGCUCAACGGGUUCGGCUCGGAGAUGCAGAUCUGUAGCCUCCGGGCCGAACCCAGCCCUCGUCCCCGCCCAUAUCUUUGUUUGCUCUCCGCCGUCAUCGACAUCCUCCUUGGCUUACCCCAGCUUACCAGCUUCAAACACCAGCUCCUGCAGCAGCUGUCGCGCUUCUGGACCCGAUGGGCGGCGUGGAGGAGACUCGGCAUUAAGCAGGCCCGGGCUCACGGCCUAGAUACUCAUUGGCCCGCCCAAACACAUCCUCGACGCCGCUGUCGUCCACCACCACCAUCAAAAACAACUGUGAAUGGACGAGAGAGACUUGAACAGCUCCAGACCAUGCGCAGAAUCCUCAAGUCCAAUAACACCCUGCUCUCCGGCUCCGCGGGCGACCUUUUUCGGACCAUCCGCAAGCUCGAAAGUUCGCCGCGCACGUCUUCGCGCCCAUGGCCCCUGCCAUUCCUGUCCCUCCUAACACAGUAA